AUGAUCCCCGAGCAUCACACGCACGUGGUCCUCGUGGACGGUGGGAAGCGUGGCCAGGAUGCCUUCGGCACCGAGGUCGACAUGCGCGAGGCUCUCGAGAGAUAUGUGGCCACAGCAGUGAUGAGGGGCAAGCGCAGCCGGAGCUUUUGCCGCCUGAAUGAUCAAAGAGGAGUGGCCAAGAAAACCACGGGAUUCAAUCCACCUGCUUUGAGCAUGACACGCCUACCACCAGCACGAGAAGCAGCAACGGGUCUCACCACGAGCGAGUCUUGCGAGCUGCUCGGACUCAGCGCUGGGAAACUCGUCGAUGGCGUCAUGAUCGUGGUCAACGGUGGCCCAGUCUCGUUUACCUUGAUGGACAAGGCGAUCCAAAAUGGAUGCCCUGUAGUGGUUUGCAACAACAGUGGCCGCGCAGCUGAUUUCAUCGCAUCCUUGAAGCUCGGGGUUUUGACUGACUAUGAGGAAGCAUGGAAGAAGCACAUGACAGCGCCACCAGAUGUCAAGUCCGGAUUGAAGGGUGUUCGUUGCGGUGUCGAAGCCUUGGAACGCAUUGUCCGCAGCAGUUGCGUCAGUGUCUACACCACCAACGAUCGGCUGGAAGAUGUGAUUUUGGAGGCUUUGCGUGGUCAACAGGUAGCCCAAGACCACGAAGGGCAGGAGCUCCACAGCUCACUGGAAAGGCUUUUGGAGUUGGCUGUGCAGUGGAAUUGCGAGAAGCACUACGUGACUAUCGCGCGACGCUUGGUGGCAACGUGCGGCUUUCCCAAGGCUGCUCGUUUCAUCUUGCAGCAUUUCUGCAACGACUGGUCCGAGAAGGAGGUGGAAACCGCUCCGCUGAUGCGGUGGUUGGUGGCCACCUUCAUCGACUCCUUGAAGCGCUUGGACCUCAAUGAGUUGAGCCCCGGGAGUAUCCGCUGGAACAAGGCAGAGAUGCAGCUCCAAACCUUUGAGGUCUCCUCUUUGGCACACUUGUGGCUUUGCCUGGACUACCCCGCCCAUGGCGCUUUGGCGGCCGCGUCCGUGUGUCGCCACGCAGCGGAGCUGUACCAGCUGCAGGGGAGCUAUGGUGAGACAAUCGUGGGCAAUCGUCUCUUCAAGCGCGCCAAUCGCUUCGAGGCGGCCCGUUUCGCCAUGCCCCGUUUCCACCGCCGCGAUGUAGCGGCGGCGAUGUAUAGUGGGCGAUGGAAUGCGAUGGAUGUGGUCGACUAUCGGGCGAUGGCCAUUCGCUUGCUGGAGGGCACCUGGACCGGGAAGCGGAUGGCGGGAUUGGAUCGUGUGGAUCCCUUGGAGUACGUCUUUCGAUGUUCGUGGCGCUGGGGAAACCACCACCUCAUCUCCUUGGCACAUCACCUGGAGUGCAAGGAAUUUGUCUCACAGCACUUUUACAACUCAGCAGUGGAUUUGCUUUGGGUGACGCCCACACCCUUCGCCGUUUUCGCGUUCGACAAAGAUGAUCAGCGGAGACAGGCGAACAAGGCUGAGGACGAGGUGCUGAUCUUCCUGCGGCUCUUCCAGCAACUCUUCAAUCCGAGCAGUUCGCGGCACCAGCUGAGUUUGAGGGACUUGAGCUCCAUCCCCAGGGUCAAGGCGCUCACGCACGGUGGUUCGAGAGUCACCUUUGUGCUUCUUUAUUCACACUUUGUCCUCUUUUCCACCGGGUACGAGGCCUGGCUGCUGAGCCUGGUGCUCUUCGUGUGGGGCAUCUCGUUGAGCCUCAUCGAGGCGUUGCAACUCCAAGCGAAGGGAUCGAUUGGUCAAUACAUGAAUAUUUGGAAUGGCUUGGACGUGCUUCUGAUCUUUACCUUGCUGAUCGGCCUCAUCCUUUGGUGGUGCCUGGUCCCUUGGGCCUUGUCUGAACAGACGGUGAACUCAGUGCACGCCCUGAACCUGCUGCCUUGCUAUGUUCGACUGCUACAGAUCUUUGAGCUCUCGGAAUACUUCGGAACCCUGCUCUUCACGGUCUUUGGCAUGGCACAGGAUACGACACAAUUCCUGGUGCUCCUGGGCAUCAUCUCAUUGGGCUUCAGUUGCUCUUUGACGCCCAUCCUAUACCCCACGCACCAAGCGCGAUGGAGCCAAGGCGUCACCUGGGGCUUCUGGGCCAUUUUCGGCGAUGUGAACCUGGAGGGCACGGAGGAAAACUUACCCUGGUCGUUGAAGAUUUGUGUGAGUUUCUUACAGUACCUCUUGUCGCUGGCUUCCAAUGUGCUGCUGGUGAACUUGCUGAUUGCCAUGUUGCCUCUUGGCGGACGACCAAGAAUGACACCUAUGUCCGGACGCCUCAGCCGGAGCGAGAUGUUCACAUCUUGCCGUGUGAUGUGUGAUUUCGACCUCCGCCCCGAAGCUUUGCACCACUUGGUGGCGAACAAGGACUCCUCGAAGCGAGAAUGGGCCUUCAACCGCGUGGAUGCCGUCUUAGAGUUCGCCUCCCCGGAGGCUCACAUCUUGCCUCCGCCCCUGGAUAUCCUGGUGUCACUUGCCUCAGAGGGUUGCAAUCGGAUCUGA